AUGAGAUCUGGUGGAAUGAGCGUCUCUUUGGCAGGUCCGGAUGGUCGAGUAUUAGGUGGCGGGCUCGCCGGUUUGCUUAUAGCUUCUGGUCCCGUGCAGGUUGUCGCGGGAAGUUUCCUUCCUAACCAUCAUCUAGAGGACAAAAGCAAGAAGCAGAGGAUGGAACAUAACAUACCAACCAUUACACAUAAUCACCCUCCUCCACAUGUUAACCAUCAUCACAAGUCUAAUGAAGUAAGUUUCGGCGGUGUGAAACCUAUUAUGACACCUGCUGCAUUUCAAGAAGAGAAGAUUGUUUCUUUUAACAACAACAACAACAACAACAAUGUUCAAGACUCUAGGAAUGAUGACAGAGAUCCUUUACCUGAAAAGGAUUCUAAUCAUAGCCAAUCAAAUUCUUGA